CGCUGCCGGGCACAGAUCCGAAGUCUCGCGCCCCUCUUGGCACCGGAAGUCGAAGUUGUUGACACUCCGACGAGCGACGAUGGCGACCGAAGUGCGGCAGGAGCUAGCACAGCUGAUGAAUUCAACUGGAUCUCACAAAGAUCUCGCCGCCAAAUAUCGACAAAUUUUGGACAAGGCCAUACAGUUUACAGAUGCAGAGCAACUGGAAUCCUUGAAGGCCUUUGUUGAAGCAAUGGUCAAUGAAAAUGUCAGUCUCGUCAUCUCGAGGCAGCUGCUCACUGACUUCUGUACACACCUGCCCAACUUGCCUGAUGCCACAGCUAAAGCAGUGUACCACUUUACCUUGGAAAAGAUUCAGCCAAGGGUCAUCUCCUUUGAGGAACAAGUAGCCUCAAUAAGACAGCACUUAGCAACCAUUUAUGAAAAGGAAGGAGACUGGAGAAAUGCUGCCCAGGUUUUAGUUGGUAUUCCCCUGGAAACAGGACAGAAGCAAUACAAUGUUGACUAUAAGUUGGAUACAUACCUGAAAAUUGCACGGCUCUACUUAGAGGAUGAUGAUCCAGUGCAGGCAGAGGCCUACAUCAACAGAGCCUCAUUACUCCAGAAUGAGUCCUCAAAUGAACAGCUGCAGAUACACUAUAAGGUGUGCUAUGCAAGAGUUCUGGAUUUUAGGAGGAAGUUUAUUGAAGCUGCACAAAGGUACAACGAGCUGUCUUAUAAGUCAAUUGUCCACGAGACUGAACGUCUGGAGGCACUGAAACAUGCCCUGAACUGCACCAUACUCGCCUCUGCAGGCCAGCAGCGUUCCCGGAUGUUGGCGACUCUGUUUAAGGAUGAGCGCUGUCAGCAGCUGGCUGCUUACGGCAUCCUUGAAAAGAUGUAUCUGGACCGUAUUAUCAGAGGAAACCAGCUACAGGAAUUUGCUGCUAUGCUGAUGCCUCACCAGAAAGCCACCACAGCAGAUGGCUCCAGCAUUCUUGACAGAGCUGUGAUUGAACACAACCUCCUGUCUGCUAGCAAACUCUACAACAACAUCACUUUUGAAGAACUAGGAGCACUUUUGGAAAUCCCUCCGGCUAAGGCUGAGAAAAUAGCUUCUCAGAUGAUCACUGAAGGACGCAUGAACGGCUUCAUCGACCAGAUAGACAGCAUCGUACAUUUUGAGACUCGUGAACCUCUUCCUACCUGGGACAAACAGAUCCAGUCUCUUUGUUUCCAAGUCAACAACCUGUUAGAAAAGAUCCGGUCGGCCGCUCCGGAGUGGGCCGCACAGGCCAUGGAGACCCAGAUGACCCAGUAAACAUCCCCACCCCUUCUAAACAAAUAUCCUGCUCCCUCAGUCUGCCCUUUAGUGUCGUCUUCCUGGUCAAAAACAUCACCACUGAUAGAAACGCCCACGAGGAAGUUCUGGAUCACUGAUUAGAGUUUUCAAAGAACACUUUUAUUACUCUUGUCCACUGGGAAUCCUCUCCAACGUGUCUCGAUAUUUUAGAUCUUUGUCAGGCAUAGCUGGAAGAAGAGGAGGGGCAUUACGUAUCAUUUAGGUGUGACUUUAUGAUAUUUACAUGGCAUGUUAUACGUUUGAAUACGAUGAUUCAGAUAGUUGACGUGCAGUAAGGUCAGAAAGAGGUGAACAAAAUGAUCUGAUUGGUUUGUUUCAGCUUGUCAGUUCCAGCACACUCGUGUGUUUUAAAUGACGCAGCAAUAUCUGUUUAAUGGUUCUUGAUUUAUGGGGUCACGUAAACCUGCUCGCUCCACAUUUAUAAAAUUUCCUCAAAAAGAAUUAAAUUCAAAUGUAAGAAAGUG